UGAGCUUACGACAAAGCUGCGGAAGGUUCACUAGCGACUCUUCCCUGAGCUUGGAGACUUCAACGGUCAUUUGUCUCUACCGAGCUCCUCGGAUGUCCCAGAAUGAAGAACCAUUCACGCCCCUCCGAGUCGUUCCUCGAGUUAUCCGGUGACACUUCUUGCAGCAGCAACAACAACAGUUCUCUCGACAUUCCAAUCGAGCUCGUGAGCCAGGAAGAAAUGGAUCUCAUCGAUGCUGCCUUAGCCGCUGCUCACUCCUCUCUCACUUCCUCUCCGGCCCCUGCAACCCCCGAAACUAGUUCACUGCCUCAGUUUCGGAGAGGCGCGAAGUCUUCUCAAACAAUCACUUCGCUAUCCGAAAUGGAGCUCGUGAGUGAAGAAGAAAUGGGUCUCAUUGAAGCUUCCUUAACCGCCACUCGCUCCUCUCUCACUUCCUCGCCGGCCCCUGCACCCCCUGAAACUAGUUCCUCAUGUCAGUUUCGGAGAAACUCGAAGCCUUCUCGAUCAAUCACUUCGCUAUCCGAAAUGGAGCUCGUGAGAGAAGAAGAAUAAAGGGAUCUCAUCGAUGCUGC